AUGGCUGUUAUGGCUCCAUGGCUGGCUGGCUGGCUUACCGCAACGCUAAAAACCCCCCGGCUCGGCUUGCCCGUGGCCUCUCUCACUAUCGUCGCUCACCCGCUCGCCCAUAGCAACCAGCCCAUUUCACCACAAUGCCAUGACAAGACCACAUUGAUCCGCCCCAACUCCUUUUUUUUUUCGUCUUCCAAAUGUCAUCUGCUAGUAGUCACCCACAACUUUCCAGCUCUCAACCCCGAUACCCACUUCCGACGCCUUCUCCAUCUGUCUGAAGCACCCGCCAUGGCUGAGAUCCGCCGAAAGCUCGUUAUCGUCGGCGACGGUGCUUGUGGAAAGACCUGUCUCCUCAUUGUCUUCUCCAAGGGCACCUUCCCCGAGGUGUACGUCCCCACUGUCUUCGAGAACUACGUCGCCGACGUCGAGGUCGAUGGCAAGCACGUCGAACUCGCCCUUUGGGAUACCGCGGGUCAGGAAGAUUACGACCGUCUGCGCCCUCUCUCCUACCCCGACUCCCAUGUCAUCCUGAUUUGCUUUGCUGUCGACUCACCCGAUUCGCUUGACAACGUCCAGGAGAAGUGGAUUUCCGAGGUUCUGCACUUCUGCCAGGGCCUGCCCAUCAUCUUGGUUGGUUGCAAGAAGGAUUUGCGCUUUGACCAGAAGACUAUCGAGGAACUUCACAAGACUUCCCAGAAGCCUGUGACCCCAGAACAGGCUGAGGAUGUCCGCAAGAAGAUUGGUGCCCAGAAGUAUCUCGAGUGCUCUGCCAAGACAAACGAGGGCGUACGAGAGGUCUUCGAACAUGCCACACGCGCUGCCUUGGCCACAAGAGGCACGAAAGGAGGAAAGGACAAGAAGCACAAGUGCAUCAUCUUGUAAGAAAUCCACGUGAUGCUAAGCCGGUGGCCGCUACACAUACGUACUCCUGUGACGAAAUCGACAAGGGCAUUGGCCACGGUCUGUGUCUAUGAUAUGAUUGGCGUGGAACGGGGUUAGUGAAGCGCGAUUCGGCCUACCCGUGGGCUGGUUACAACAUCUUUUUCGACGACCCCCGCGAGGCGUUACUGUACUGGACUUUUUGAACACAUCAUCUUGGGGGCAGUCCAUGAUGGGGGUUACUUCAGGCGAAGAGUCAAGACGGAACAGUAAUUGGAUUGCAGUAAAUGGCAGCAGGACCUCCACUUCUCAUCUUUCUCUCGCUGUAUCCCGCCCGCCACAUAGUCUUCUCCUCUGAGUGGACCCUUCGGCUGUCUGUUUGCUGGUCGUUUUCUUCUCCUUCUCUCUCUCGGUGACUGAAUUGUCUUGUGGUUCUGCGCAUCUUGGCUCGGUGUAAUACUCUUUUAUCCUCGUACCUAUCUACCUACCUACUACCCCUCGUUGGCGUCAAUGGAGCUUUACAACAAGAAUCAUUUGUGCCUACCUUUGUGAAGUGACCUUGUCUUUCUGUUUGUGACCGUUGCUCCAGUCCAGAGUCAACUGUUGCCAAAACGGGUUUCUUAGCAUAACGUGUCGCAGUGUCAAGUUGGAAACAAAGCCGACCACGGGCUCCAUUAAGAAGCAUGUAUGCACACAUAUGAAUCUCACACCAUUCCUCCGUCUGAAAACUUCUUCUUUUCCCGUCUUCAGUUUCGCACGGUUUCGUCGUUAUCUUACAGGAGUCAAGCAAUUGAGGUUUGUUCUCCUAGUUCCUUGCCAGUACAUACCUAGGUAUCCACCUAUUCCAUUAUACCACCAUUGGUUGGGGUCAUAUUCCAAAACUUUGUCAAUCUCGCUGUAUAAACAUUCAUUGCAUUAUUCACUAAGACCGAUCGAUAUGACCAUUGACACGAGAACAUUGGAACC